AUGUGUUCCAUCUAUCCCCAGCUUGUUGUUGUGCUCCUGGCAAUGUUUGCCGUUUCUGGUACUUUCGGAAAUGUGAUCGGUAAGUCAAACAAACCUCAUUUAUUUAAUCGGUACUUCUAUUUCGUCGAAGGUGUUUAACCAGCGGCAGAGCUCUCGAAUUGUAUCAUAGCUCAUAUCUAAAAUGGAUAAUUUGGUGGAACCCUUAGGAUCUGGUAGACUGGUCGGCCGUUUUAAUGCUUGAAAAUUUUGAUUAAUACUGUGCUUUCAAGCAUAUUUGGUAGUGGCCUCUGUUUGUUAUUUUCUAUGGCUUGGUCCGUUUAAAAUCCAAAACCCCAAAGUGCGACGUCUAAAAUAAACAUUUGACGAAUUUAAUCGCGCACAAGGAUGCCAAAUAGUUAUAAAAUAGCAAACUUGAAACUACUACGGCAAACACAUGCCGUCCGAUUCGGGGAAUGCCAUAGGUCACGUAAACCGUCAGUUAAUGACCACUGCUUGUCCGGCACACAGGAGACUGCAAUAAUGAGCUCUGAAAUCGUAUUAAGUCAACAUUUUUCUUCGAACCCAAAGCAGCUUUUUGACAGAGAGAACUUUCAAGUUGGAUCUUAAAUUUCACGAAGUUGCACACAAAAUGUAGCCACACAGGCAACAGCUAGGUCACAGUCUCCUUCAAUAAAGUAAAAGAUUAUUGGCGUUAUCUGCCAAAAAUGUUGGUGGAAUUGUGGUUUAGGUGCGUCUCUGCCCUUUUUUUAGAUAAGGGCCAGGCCAAAAUCGAUGAAAAAAAUCAAAAAUCAUCGGAUUCUAUUUUUUCAGGUAAUUAUAUUUUGUUUGUGUGAUAUCUUGAAGUAAUUUGACAUUCGCUUCCACUGAAGUAUGCGAGUAUAGCGGUCUUCAACUAACGGAUCUAAAUUUCCCGAUUCAGCAGGGAUGAUGCACCACGUACAGUUGAUUCAGUUUAAAGAAUUUGUUUUGCUUGACAGAAGCGUGUUGAACAGUACCCUUAAUCUGGUGUGGUUAACGUGCGGGCUUACACAUCUCACGAUUUCGGGGUUUGAUGUCGUCAAGAGAUUUAAGAGCACUACUUUAUCAUUAUUUCCGUAAUAAAUAAUGAAAUGUUUUGUAACUGACGAAGUUUUCUUAUACAUCAUGCGGGCAAGAAAAUCAAGACUUUAUAUUUGCGCCCUGAAGCCGGAUUUUUGCUCAUUUACGACGGAUCGGGUUCAAACAUCUUGUCAAUUCCACUUGGCUUUGAGUUUCGCUUGUACACUUAGCUCCACUAUCCUACCCCAGAUCAUGUUAUAAAAUAAAAGUACCAACUCGUUGUCUGCCACACUAGGCCGUUGUCGCAGUGCUCUCAAUAAACCAAAUGUUUUAGUAACCAGACACUUGAUCCAACGGGUUUCUUUGGCUACCUGCACAGGUCCACUUCCAACAUUUAAAUACUUGGCGUCCAACAAUAGCAGAACAAGGAGCCAUUAGCAUUCGAUUAUAAAACCUGCUAUCGAUAUUAAAAGGAGAAAACGUUUUGCUGCAAUACUAUCAUGCUGCCACAUUUUAAUACACUUCAGAUAUUGGAUCUCUGUUCUGUAAGCAAUUUAACUUAAUUUAAACCGAUUUGUUUAGUGCCCGUUUUUUGUGAAUUAAUAUUAUAUUUUUAGUCAUUGUGUGCAUACAGCUCUUUUGCUUUAGCAUUCAACGCAUUGCAACUAACAUAUAGUUUACACCAAAGUGCAGAAUUUCGUUUAUUAGUUGCGCGCCACAGUCAUUUAUCCAAAGGCUUAAAGUAUAUUGUUAAAACGAUUUCCAAAUGCUUUUUUUAAAGCCGCUGUCGGCAAACUGGCUUCAAAAGGUAAGCGUGAGAAAUUCCCCUUUUGUUUAUUAAGAAAAACUUAUAGGAGAAAACUAACUUUGUUUUUGUUUUUUAAAGAGCUCCAACAAUUCCUCAGUGAGUAAAACCAAACUUAGAAAUCAUUUAUUCUAUUUUGCGAUUCUUGUUUGAGCGUUUAUAUUUAGAUGUCACUUUAAGUAUGCGAGAACUUCUAAUCAUCGAUCUAUUACGCAUUUGGGUGCAUACUGAACUCGAUGGUCGUUUAAUAUGUCGUCUAUAAUCAGAUAAAUUGCAUAUGUGUACUUCAAAUUUCCCCAUGUUAUUCUUCAUAUAGAACAAUAUGUAUCCGGUGAGGACUCCUCAGGUGAGAUACAGACAGUGUCGCUGAAUGGCAGACGAUUGUUUUUUUUUUAAAUACCACGAUUUGUGGUCGUUUUGCACUAGCCGAGGCUUGCGUGCAACGAUUAAUUCUGAAAUUGUGGCCCUCACGAAAUUUCCAAUUAUUCUUCGUUGGUAAAGAGUAAGAAGUAUUAAAUUGCCACCCUCCGUAUAUAUUUAAAUCACUUAGACACAUCUGCUGACAAUCAGAGUAAAGUUUAUUUCGUUAUGAUAGAAAUAACUAUUUUGCUUAUUUUGGUUACAUGCUAGUAGUAGUCUUUCGUGUUAAUUGCUCAAAUGUCUUUGGUUUUAGAAUUGCUGAAAAAAAUUGGUGAGUUAAUAUAUCCUAAUCCGCUCUAUUCUGGGCAUUAUAAUUUACACAACUCGAAGCAUGGAGGGAAGAAUGUUUUAUUCAAACGCCCUAAAAAGUGUUAUAAUAGGGGUGUAGACAAUGCCCCAAAAACAUACAGUAAGGCAAUAUAAAAUAUUACACUGUAUUUCAGUAAAAAAAUAAAUAAACACUGUAGAACAAUUUGUUAAUUUAAAGUGGAUUAUGCAAUUUUCAUGGUAUUUUUAGGUAAACCCAGCAUUAUAAAUCAUCAACUAAAAUACAGGCAAUAUUUCGUAACCAAAGACAUUUCUUUGAAGCAAAUUGCAGUUCCUAAUAUUCAUAACCAUACUAUAGCCUCCAUUUCUUUUUUAUUAUAAUUUAUUUUCAGAGGGUUUAUUGAAAUCGGUCACCGAUGGUAUGUGCAUAAAUGUUCGACUAUAAUGAAAUAAUAAUGUGCGGCCGUUUGGCCAAAUUUUGCACUACUUUUGCAGGAGUCACUCAAAACUCCAAAUAAAAAAAUAUUUGACAAAAUAUGAAUGGCCAAAUUUUAGUGACCAAUUUUUAGCGAUUAGAAAAUGAUAAGUAUUUAUGGUAAAAUAAAUGAAUUACGUAGACAUCGCAAGCAGUUAGCUUCGUACGGAUUAUAAUAAUUUUUCGCCUUAAACAAUGGCUGCCGUUCAUCUUUUGUAGAAGCGAACGUGCAAAAAUGGAUUAAAGGUAAAACCUUUGCCUACGCUAAAUUAAUUAGACACUGUUUCGUAAGAACCUUACUUUUCCCAGGAUGCAUUUUUUUAUUUUGUCCGCAGUCGGGGAAUUCGUAUAAUUGACGUUACAAGUCGGUUUUCGUAGUACGUUAACGAACAAUCAUUACUUAUGACAAGUUACUAUUAAACACACACGUUAGGGAGAAGUUUCUAUAUUUGGCAUAAUUGCUUGAUCUUAAAAUACAAAUUUACCGACAGAAAGCAAAUAUAACGCGAUUAAAUUGUCUGGAUUUAUUAAGUAAUUGUUUCAAUAGGAUACUACGAACUUGCUAUUAUCCACUGAUAUCCAGCACAUGUACAUCUAAGUUAUUGAAUGUGCAGUUCGCAGACCGGUUUUGCAAACUGGCAAUCAAACUGCGUGUACUGUCGAAACAAGUCGAUUCCCCUUAUCAGAAAACCACACUGGAUUAACAUAAACCGGGCAGGUCUCACGUUUCUAAGAACUGAGAUACACUGAUACAAUCCGUUGAUCAUGAUUGGUCCCAGAGUACAACCUAAAAACUGGAUUUUUUUGGUAUUGCUUGACUAGCGUUAAGACAGUAGUCCCCUCUGUUAUUCGAUUUACGCAGCAGACCGAAGUGUGUGUUUUAUGUCACUAUUUAUAAUUUUUAAAGAAUUUGUAAUGUUGGCCAAACUCUUAUCCUCCUCAUAUUGUUUGGUAGUAUAUGUAAAGAGGUACAGUGUGCACACUUUAUCCAGACAAAGUAAUCCUGUCUGCCUGCGUCAGUGGGGACUAGUUAGCUAGGGUUACGAUUUAAGUCAAACAACACAGUGGACUUAUAUUCAUCCGGCCCUUAGAUUCGGAAAUUUAUCAGAUAUUGCAAACUACCGAUUUAAACUUCUGUCAACCUUCUACUAUCCACCAAAUAUAGAAUUUGAAACGACGAAAGAUCUUGGUAAGUCACACAGGUUUUAUUUUUUGAUUUUGCUUUUUGCGCUCAAUUAUCAAACAAAUGAAUGCCGCCAUAUCAGUCCACCAGUUUCCACCAUUUACUGACCCUGCGAACCGCUGAAAGGAUUGAAGCGUGGUGUGGUACUAGCAAGAGCGUGAACACAUACACCAAACCACUCAGUGGCUUCCCAGGAAAAUAAGGUAAUAUGGUGUCAGAGUGCGUGUUUAGGGAUGCAGAACAGAUAGACUACCAGUGGGAGUUUAAAACCGACAAAAGGACGCAGUUAGGAGUUACCUGUGAAUACGCAUCGCAUUAGGAGUGCAUGCACCAUCAUUGAAGGUUUCGCUUGUUCAUCGAUGGCAUUGCUCCUUGCAGAGUAAAUAACUAAGCGCAAACCACUAUUCGUUUUAUCCUCUCACCUUUUUGGAGAACUCUAUCUUCUGCAGUUUAAUGUAACAUUAUAUAAUGCCCAACUAAAAUAUUGAGAUAAACUUCGAUAAUGCACUUCUCCCUCAUUGGUUCACUGUGCCUUAAUUUAAGUUCGCCUAUUUAAAUUGCACAUUGCAGGUUCCUUCCUACUGAAAAAACUCGAAGGUACUGAUUAAAUAUUUCAUCUCAUAAAAAUAUUUCAUCUGCAUUCUAGGUAAUGUAUACAGUGGUCAUGAUAAAAUCAAAACUUCCUAGAACAUUCUUUGAAAAUGACCAUUAAAAUUGAGAAGUCUUAGUACAGCAGAAGACAUGUGCAACUACCGAAAAGCAGUACUGACAGACAGGCGAUUUAUUUACUUCCAGGUUCGAAGACAGGAAACAAAAUAUACACGGAUGGAGGCAUCUUUUUCGCCUAGUAGCCGUGCGCGUUUAUCUUGUCUGUCUGGUUCAAUUUCCGAGGAAAUCAAUGCGCGAAUUUAGGGUUCAUCCUUUAACGCAAAGGAAUGUGGGCUCGAUUUGAAAGUUGCUAUGAGUAUUAAGACCGAAAUCUAUCAGCUUACAAGGAAUUACUGUAUAGUAUUGACAAGCUACAUGAAACCUGAACUGUAUAUCCCAGAAAACGCAUGGAAAUUCUGGCCAAAAUUUGAUGUGUAUGUUUGAGCUGAAACUCGUCAACUGCAGUGGAAUAACCGCGUAACAUUUGCCAACUGUCGACGACCCCGACAUGUUUCUCAUCUGGUACCUGCGCCGUUACGCGAAGAAAGAUAAAUUUUGGAGAAGCUCUGGCGGCCAAUUUAUAUUUCCUUCCGAAAAGCAUUACGUGCAGCCGUUGCGUGCCAAAACCUGCAGAUAAUUACCUGCUGUUUAGAUCUUGCCGACCAUAACGAUUGAAUGUCUCUCACCGCAUAGACAAUGACUUUAGAUUAGACCACUGGACCUAUUGGCGCCUCCCUGAGAUACGGAUGCUUACUUCACUUGAUAUGACUGACAGUGCGGCCGCGUCCGCCAUUUGUCAGACUAAAGAAGUAAAUCCUAGUUGAAAACAUUAAUUUUUAAUCGGCAAGCUGUUUGCCAUGUGCUGGGAUGCUAUGAUCACAGUAUAGUUACUGAAUAUGACUUGAAUGCGAUUCAUCUUUGGCAUAUUCUGGACGUCAUACACAUGAAGCUAUUCUAACUCCCCUUUUUCUUUAUCGGUGAAGCUGUGCAACACCAUUUAUUUCCGGAGAUACAAAUAUUGCUAGCGUUUCAGAGCGCAAACUGAUGAAGGGGCUAAUGCUUGCUGCGCAGCCAUUGUUUGCAAAACGUUUGAGUAGACAUUUGCUUCCUCCACAACUAUACCUCGGUCGUUUCAGCAGAAAAGUGUUUUCGCCUUGAACAAAAUGGAUUGGUUGAUUUAAGUGAAGCCGCCUCUGGGGGGAAACGAUAGAUUUCAUGUUUUAAACUUGAGGCUACGUUUUGUUGGUACGCUUUGUGAAGAACACCUUGUAGUGUGUCAUCUUCAUAAUGAACCAAAAUUGCAACUUAUACUUUGCAUUUGCUUAUUUUGAAGAAAUAGACUCAAACCCGGAAUUCAGUAAGCAAUAAACACUUGUGUUUGCCAAAGCUAAAAGACUGGAGUUUGUGUGUUUUCAUUUGCGUUUAAUGUCUCAUCCUAUGUUUAUUUGCACAACAAAUUUGCAAGAGAUUAUCAUAGUCAGUGCGAAAUUACCCGCCCAGACCCCGGGCAUCAUCGCAGACGAAAUUGACCAUGUCUUUCAUCUCUAAUAAGUAACAAAGUAAACCCUUAAUGCUUGAAUGCCCGUUUUCUGUGCAUGUGAGUUUGCCUGCCAGUGGGUCGCAUGACCGAAAAAUAAUUGCGACUAGGAGAACUAUGCUCAUAGCCUAGAUGUCCUGGUGUGUGGAUGCACUCUAUUCAAUAUGUGUACUUGUUCUCUGUCGAGCAUUUAGUAAUUACUUGAUUUGCCUAGAUAUCGAGCUAACAUUUAAAUCGUUUUUGUGCUUUUAGAGUCACUAUUUGACUUGCUUUUGACAGGUACCCUAUCUGCCUUCCUUAUCUGUUGCUUGUGCUCCUAUUUCAUAUUUCUCUGCUGUUAAAGGUGAUUAAUAGUAUAUCGUCAGUAUGUGCCUGCGGACCAUGAAUUACUUUUAAUUAUGGGCAUCCUGCAAAUAGCGAUGACGUCAUUAAAUUCACACGUAGACAUUUUUUAUUUUAGCUUUGGUUGAGAAAACGCUUACGGGUACGUGCCUAUUUAACUCGUUUCGACACACUCACUAACGUCAGAGCCGGUGUUUGCUUUUUCCCCUAAAGCCCCUUGUAAAACAUACACCUCAGGUCAGAAGCAUAGCACAGAAUAUUUGGCAUCCUUAUUUUGGUCUAAGUUCGGAAUUUGGCCGCAAUGAACCUGCAUGAUCACGCGUGAAGUUCGUAACUCGCUUUGGAAAGACCUGGGUAGGGGUGCUCCAAAGAAUCUGCAAGUUCAGGCUUCGACAGUGUACAUUGAAGCGUUGGCUGUGCCUCCCACCCCAGCGGAAAUCCUCCGAGAACACCUACCAUUUCUUUCAAAAUAGAAUUUGCCUUACUUAGGGGAUCCAUGUCCGAAAACUAGUGUGAAUUAACUUUAUUCUACUGAAGGGAGUUUGAAUACAUCAUUUUACAUGCACAUCACCUGAACUACCUGCGCCCCGCCUCCGGUCUUCUUGACUCUGUCUUGAAACGGGGUCCAGGGGGGGUGAGGACGAGAGAGUGCGGUAGAUGCUAAGCAAGUCUUGUACCACCAUAAACUAAUUCACGCGCAGAUGCUUGACACUUCUAACAAUGCACAUAGAUGAAGUGCAAGUGUUCUUUCGGAUUGAACUAGGUCAGGAAAUGUGAGACUCCAGUGGCCUGCGCGCUAAGGGCUGCGAGAAGGUCAAUUUCGCCCACUUACAACUUGACGGCUCGAAGGCUUGAUGUAGUUAUUCCAAAUUCCAAACCAUUACUACUACUACUACUACUACUAUCAUUACUACUACUACUACUAAUACUACUACUACUAGUAAUAUUCAAGUGCGUGCAAUCUGUCAGCAACACUGUCUUGCGAGCAUUGACCGGAAAAUGACCGUACGAAUAAAUCCUUCGCCGCUUUAUAACGUCUCAAGCCAAUAUUUCGGGCAGAGAUUAGGACCCAUAAAACGAUGUUCUAUUUUGCCAGCCAGUAUCUUUAUAGUCCUAGAGCUCCAUCAGCAAGCGUGUAAUUUAAAAUUGCACAGUGAAAUACGCAUUCCCUACCGAAAAACCACGUCGGAAGACUCUGUGAGACGAACUGGCCAGUGUAACCCUCGGCAGCUGCAGCAUUUGCGGGCCGAGUUCUGAUGAAACACACGCAUGGGCACUUGGCUUGUUGGCUAAGUUGUUGUUUUUGAAGACAGUUACGCAAGGCGGGUCUGAUUAUAUUUAAUGAAGAGGACGCUCACAUUGUCUGAAUGUUGCUGUACUGCAGCUGCCAGUAGGGGUCCUGGGGAGGCAGCGAAACCCGACACCAGCCCAGCCGGAGUUAUUUAAUAUGCAUCACCGCCUACAGCAAGUUUGGUCGAGUUGAGCGUGCCUUCUUAGGGUGACAUAGGCUUGCCUACUUGAUUGAAAGGUAACAAGGAAUAAACUGUGGGCUGGAUUUCUCCAGAACUAACUCUGUAGUGCCGUAGGAGCGCUUCAGAACACUUAGACGAAAUGGCUCCAUAUUCCUGCUAUGUACUGGUGCUUUGAUAACUCGCACCUCCUGCUGCUUCAAAGCCAUAAAUGACUAUUGUUGUAUGAGGCGCCUAAAAUGCUUGGUCAGUUCUCUGGUAGAUCCCAGGCCUUAUACAAAAUGGAUGAGAUCACGACAUCUCCCUAAAAUACACAUUUUGUUUCUUCAAAUAACCAGACUCAUUUCAUUCAUUUUCGAUCUCCCUGUAGGUGCCUUCCAGUAA